GUUCCAGUGGACAUCAGUAGGUCAGACACACGGACAGACAGAGGAAGAGAGCGGCAUGCAUGGACGAGGGACAUAGAGGGAGGAGAAGAGCCCCUGUUACCUAACUAAAGCCAGAAAGAACAACCGCCAGUCCUGUUGAAGGAUUAGCUCCUUGUCGGUGCUAACAUGGCCCUGCCCUUUGUGAUGGCGUUGCCCUUGCUGAUCAUCGUGGCAGCAGGGGUGUACUACAUCUACAAUGAGGUCACGCACUUCAUGUCCAAGUCCUUGGUGCGAAACAAAGUGGUGGUGAUCACGGAUGCUGUGUCCGGGGUGGGGACUGAGUGUGCCCAGCUCUUCCAUAAAGCCGGAGCCAGACUUAUCCUGUGCGGGACGAGCUGGGAUAAACUGGAGUCUCUGUUUGAUUCUCUAACUGGUGACGCUGACCCCAGAGAGACGUUUGCCCCCAAACUGGUGAUCUUGGACUUCAGUGACAUGGACAGCAUGGAGGAUGUGGUGGCUGAGGUGUUGGAGUGUUACGGCUGUGUGGACGUGCUGGUCUGUAACAGCAGCGUGAAGCUGAAGGCCCCCGUACAGAGCAUCUCCCUGGAAAUGGACAGAAACAUCAUGGACAUCAACUAUUUUGGCCCCAGCACUCUGGCCAAAGGUGUUCUUCCAACAAUGAUCUCGAGACGAUCGGGGCACAUUUUGCUGGUGAAUAGCAUCCAAGGCAGACUGGCUAUCCCAUUCAGAAGUUCAUAUGCUGCAUCUAAGCAUGCUGCGCAGGCCUUCUUUGACUGCCUGCGGGCCGAAGUGGAGGAGUAUGGCAUCAUUGUCAGCACCAUAAGUCACACCUUCAUCAAUGCCUCCGACCUGCCGCCUGUCGAGGAGCCCGCCCCCAAACAAAACGCCCUGGCUGCAUUUAUUGCUAAGCAGAUGACCCAUGGUUUGCGCCCGUCAGUCCUGGCCAACGAGGUUAUGCAAACGGUAAACAGAAAGAGGAAGGAGGUCGUGCUGGCCCACCCCAUCCCCAGGGUGGCCCUCUACCUCCGCUCCCUUUUUCCCCCUUUCCUCUUUGCUGUGCUGGCUGCUGGAGUGAAGGACUCGGUGUUGGCUGGGUAGAUUCAGGAGAAAGGCUGAGAGGAUAAAUGGAAUCAGAGAUGUGAGACAAAGGAGGAGUUGUUGUUUGGAAAUGGUAGAUGUGUAAUAGUAUGUAGUUGACACAAAGCUGGACGACUAACAGGGCAAAGCAGACAACUGCCCUGAGGUGCUAGUCUCUCUGGGACUGAAGCUUCCAGAUUGAACUUCUGGAAAUUUGUUUGUGGCAAUUCAAUUAAUAGUUGAAUAUAUAUUUGUUAAUACUACUUAAACCUGUUUACUUAGUAAUUUUGUUUCAGAAAAAAUACAUGUACAUACAGUACAUGUCGCCCUCAUGUUUAUCAACUGGUAGGACAGAAAAUGAUGCUUAUCAAUGCAACAUCCAGUGUAUCAGUGUCAGUAUAAUCGCCACCUAUACCUCUAACCUCAAAAUUAAACAUAUAAUGAAAUGUACGCUUAAUGACAAAUUCAUCAUAAACUAAAAUAACAACCACACAGGUAGAAUUCAUGACUGUUGCUUUGUGCUCUGUUUGAUUACAACUGUGUACCUUAUAAAGACUGAAACACUUUAAUGUUUGUUCAAACAGCAAAAAAUAAAAUCAAAGUACAUAACUUAAUUGAU